UUUUUUUUUUUAAAGUCUCGCCCACACCCAUAACCCAGAGCUGUGUUGAAAGCAGCGUGAUGUGACCUGACAGAGGUAGACCUGGGACAGGAGGACACUGAUAGGCCCGUUGUUCUAAUGGUAUUCAAAUGAUAUUCAACUCAGAUGAGAAGAUCAACAAUAAGACGACGAAAGGCCUCUGAGCAUAGCAUCAUCAAUAGCUGUAGAUAUUAGUUUGUCUUUUUGGAAGCUUUAUGCAGGACAAAAGGGUUACAUUAUAACAAUGUCACUGGCAAAACCAGAAUCAGGAAGGACAAUAUUGGGGAGGAAAAAGCAAAUUAAAUCGAAAAAGCAAGCACUGUACGACAGAGAAGAGCAAUAACUGAAGCAGACUGUACAAUAAAAAAUGUAAUAUACAAAAAGUAAAACUAUUUAAGAAUGUGCAAUAGACAAGUUGCGCAAUGUGUUGCUAAAUUUUUUUUAGUUUUUUAAAUUUAUUAGUGUAUAUAAAGUCAAAAUAUUAUUUAGACAAGUGUUUGUUUGUUUUUUAUUCCCCGGUAAUUGAAGUAGACAAUCAAAAACCAGUGGGUUGUGUUUCUGAAAUCUCAGGGCCACUAAAGAGGUGGCCCUGCUGGAAACAGCAGAAACUAAUUUCUGCUUGUAUAGUUGUUGGUCUUGAUUUAUUUUCAUUUUAUUUUUUUCUUCCUUUCAAUAUAUCUAUGGCUUUAAUAAAGUUUAAAAAAAAUGUUUGAAUAAACUUCCAAAGUGUAAUAUCCAUGUAAUCCACUAGGGGAGUAAGGCAGUGAGCAGCUGUACCUGUCGGACUCGCUUUCCAAUAAAUAAAUAAAACGGCGAGAACAAAAUCACAAAGGAAAUGACAUUAACAGGAAAUAGAAUCAACUUUUUAAAAAAGCCCUGAGUUUGGACUGUCAGGCAGCAUCAUCCCUCCCGCACUAUGGGAAAACGCUUCCUCCGGUGGAAUUCCCGUGGCGAACACAAUCCACAGCCAGCUCUGAUUCAUACAUUCAACCAGCAGCAGCAACAGUUUGGUCAUGUUCGGUUUAUUUCGCAGCCUGAGAGGCCUAGCAGUCGUAACUCGGGACAAAACGACAGCGUGAAAGCACACGGCAGGAGCGUAACACGCUGCCCUUUCCCCAAUGCACAGCUAAAAUCUAACUUAAGGUUUAUACGUAUUAAGUGCAUCAGAAGCCCAGUAGGUGGCAGUGUGGGCGGUCCGGGCUGCUGCGAGCCUCCAGGAUGCAGGACGAAGAAGAGGAAGCGGAGGUAAAACGUCAACAGUGUUGCAUGUCGACCUGCCGACUGUCUGAGCACGAUCGGUGCAUUUUAGACGACACAGUCCGAUCGGAGGUCGCCGGGAGACGCAGCUGCACCAGUGAGACAACAUGAAACCACUGAGCAGGAUCCACGCGUGGUUACCGCUCCUGCAGGCGCGGAGCUGUCCCGGUGCAGCAGCAGCAGCAGCAGCAGCCUGCAGUCUCCACCACGCCGGGGUCUCCACCUGUGGACCACUGAGGCGGAGGGCUGCGCCCACCCUGCAGUCCCGAGCUGUCACUCUCUCCGCGUGCAGGUUAAAGAGAGCGGAUGGACGGCACACGGGAUCCACAGAGGUGGACGGUGAUGAUGAUGAUGAUGGUGGUGGUGAGGAGGAGGAGGAGGGAGAUUUCAUGGAGGACAGUGAGGUGGAGGAGCUGUUCCAGCAGCAGGCCCCUGAAGGCAUCGCCGGGGGACAGCACAGGGUCUUCGUCGUCCAGCCUGACGUGAAGUGGGGCAGCAGGAAGCAGCACCUGACCACCGCCGAGCUGAUGAUGGCCGAGGCCGUGGGGCUCGUCAACACCUUGGACAGCUGGAGGGUGGUGGACAAGAUCGUCCUCUCCACCAAGACGCCGGAGAAGAAGAGGAUCUUCGGCAAAGGCAACUUCCAGGCCCUCACAGAGAAAAUCAGACGAACAGCGGGAAUCACCGCCGUGUUUGUGAACGUCGAGCGUCUGUCUCCUCUGUCUGAGAGGGAGUUUGAGGAAGCGUGGGGGGUUAAAGUCUUUGACAGGUACUCAGUGGUCCUUCACAUCUUCCGCUGCAACGCCAGAACCAAAGAGGCCAAGUUGCAGAUCUCUCUGGCCGAGAUUCCCUUGUUAAGAUCUCGUUUGAAGAAUGAAAUGGCAAACAUGGACCAGCAAGGCGGAGGCUCGAGAUACAUCGGAGGUUCAGGCGAGACACUGUUGGAGGUGCAGCAGCGGCUUCUGAAGGAACGGGAGAUGAAGAUUCGCUCGGCGCUGGAAAAACUGCGCAAAAAGAGGCACCUGCUGCGGUCUCAGCGCAAACGCAGCGAGUUCCCCAUCGUCUCGGUGUUGGGAUAUACAAACUGUGGAAAAACCACUCUGAUCAAAGCGCUGACUGGCGACGUCGGCCUCCAGCCCAGAAACCAGCUCUUCGCCACCCUGGAUGUCACCGUCCACGCCGGCCAGCUGCCCAGUCGCAUGACCGUUCUGUACGUGGACACCAUCGGCUUCCUGUCCCAGCUGCCCCACCAGCUCAUCGACUCCUUCUCUGCCACCCUGGAGGAUAUCAAACACUCCGAUCUGUUGGUUCACGUCCGAGACAUCAGUCAUCCAGAGACGGUGAAUCAGAAGGCGAACGUGCUGAAUGUCCUCAAGAACCUGGAAAUCCCCGACAGGCUGACGAGCUCCAUGAUAGAAGUCCACAAUAAAACUGACCUUGUUGACAACUAUCAGUCUGCGGAGCCAGACGCGCUGCCCAUAUCUGCCCUGGAGGAGCGAGGCCUAGAUGAGCUGAGGCAAGUAGUGGAAGACGAGAUCGUGAACUCCACUGGGAAACACAUUUUGGAUCUCAGAGUCAACCUCAGCACUCCUCAGUUAAGCUGGCUGUACAAAGAGGCAGCCGUGCAGGACGUGCAGGUGAACGCAGACGACGGCUCGGCCGUCGUCAAGGUCAUCAUCGGCACCGCCGCUUACGGACGCUACAGGAAACUGUUCGUGGGCAGAUAGCAAAGUAGUGAGGAGGGCAACCUCCCUCCUGAUAACUGACUGGUCCAUGUGGGUCAAGAAAGAAACUGAAGACUGAACCACCAAUGUCUUUUAAAAGAACUGAAUGUAUUGUACAGUGUAUUUCAAUGAUUGAAAAUAAUUAAAUGAUGUAAAGGAA